CAGCCUCUCAACAUUUCCAGAAGUUUCCCAGACGUCUGGUUCACUUGUGAUCUUUUCAUUGAAUAACAAGACACAGCUGAUCCCUAAGCCUCAUUCAAGCGUGAUCGAAAACACUCCAGCAGGAACUGAAUUCCCAUGGCUGACGGAUGUGAGCGCGCCGUCUUGGCCGGCGUCCAGGUUUGCUGGAGGAGAUGAUCUGACGAUGACCUGCCCAGCCUGAGAAAAGAAGAGUAGCAGAGGAAAGAGGCACGGUGCAUGGAGACGACACAAACUGCAGACGGAAGGAGCGAAGGCAGCAGUCAGAAUCGCAGCCCUGGAGGUCUGAGCUCUGUUACUGUAAAGAAAACCACAGCAAAGAGAUGCAAGCACUGGGAACACUCUCCAAGCCAUCUAAGGGACCAGAAAAUUGUUAAGUCAGAUACAAGAAGGUGAGGUGGACUUUGCACAGGCAGAAAGUGCCUCAAAAGAGUUUUGAUCCCACCAUCAAGGCAGAGGCCACAAGGUAGUGCAGAGAGAGAAAGCAUGAUGCCUCUGAAUGUCUUUGUGGUUCUCCAAACCCACAGGCAGCAAAACUAGACACGCCUGCCCACCACGCCUGUACGAUGACGGGAGAGACUCAGCAUGCUUUUGCUAUUAAAGAAUCAGACACUGGUUCCAAUGAGCAGGACAAGGGCCUCUUGCUUGACCACUUCAGUGAAAAAGCAAAAACCGAAUCAGUGGAGAACUACAAGAGUGAGAGUCUUGUGCUGUUGGCUAACAGCGGGGGCAAGUUUGUGACCAAGGAGAAGGAGUACCCACAGCGCGAGGCCGUGAUACGGCCUCAGCAGACAGGCAAAAUCGACUUUAAAUCCUUGCAGAAUCGACCAAAGUUCCCCAGCAAUGACCAGACGUGGUCCAACAGCAAGACCAGUCCCCAGUCUCCAACUGGGAAAAAAACUCGAGACAAGGGCAAGAAGUCUGUGAAGUCCGAGCGCAGCAACCCCCAGCAGUUAUAUAGGCUGGGCUUAACUAACUGCCGUUCCAAUCCCACGAUCGGGAUUGCGUAUCCACAGCAGAAGGUCACACCCCCCAAGAAGCUUGAGGUCAGUCGGGGCCCCAUCUCGGGCAGCUACAGCUUCCAUGUGCCCAACAUUCCUGAGCGUCCUGAAGCAGAGCUGCAGCAGCAGGAACUUAGCUACACUCGCUGUUUUCAGGAAUCUUCCUCAAGUUUCACCUCCACCAACUAUACCUCACAGGCAUCAAGCGCGGCGGCAAGUGUGCCAGUCAGCCACCAUCCAGCCAACACUCAGCACCUUGGCCUUCUACAGGGAGGCACCGCGCCACCAGGUGGACAGCUGCACCCAGCAGAAUUUAGUGGGACGAGUUCUUGGCAGCCUCCAGAGAAGACUUUUAAUGGUGCUAAUUAUGGAGGUACCUCACAUAAACUACGUGUUUUUACAGAAGGAAAUAAAACAAAUACCAGUUUUGUGCCUAUGCCAUUUCAGUAUGAGUAUCCAUCACUGCCGGAGUCGGCCGCUGACUCCUUCCCCUGCGACCAGACCGCUCACCCUGUGCACUACAUUGACAUUUCUGUUUCAAACACACAGAUGAGUCAAAACCCUUUCGUUCAUUCAGCAGAGGAUAGGCAAAAGGAUGCACAGAUUUCCAGACAAUUUGAUCUUGAGCAACCUGAGGGCAGAUUAUCUUACCCCCAGCCCCUUCCACCUCCCCAGCAGGCUCAGUACCUGCAGUCCCAGCAUGGUACACAGCCCUCCUUGCAUUGCUAUAAGGGCAGGAUUGAGCAUUCUGAUAGUGAGGCCUUAAUCUCAAGUUCUAGCCAGUUAGAACAAACCAACAGCAAUCUGACUGACAAUUCAACCACUUUCAGAGACAACCCGGGUGUGGCUCUCGUCUCAGUCAAAAGUCUCUGUCCCUCUAAAGACACAAACCCAAGACAGCUAGCUGAAGAAAAUAGCCAUCGUGUUCGAAACAUCGCUCACGAUCACGACUCCCAAAUGCACUCCGCAAGUAAAUCUUGCAGUAGCUCUUUGAACAAUACCAUCCACAUUGGAUCAGCGCCCAUGUUAUGUGGAGCUAAUAAGACCAUCAGCAGGUUAUCACAGACCUGGGGAGGGGAUAAGAAGGUGUUUUCUUCUCUAGACCAGAAUUCUGCUGCUUUUCACUCCAACCUAAGUGACAAGAGUCAGUUUCAGUGCCAGUCAGCUAUAGAUCAAAAACAGCAAGGACACAAAAACAGGCGGUUGCCAUGGCAGCCGAUACACUUGACAUCAGCCAUGCCAAACCAAAACAGGAUCGAGCUAUCGAGGCAGCUGAGCAAUCAAAAAGUCACUUUCCUGACAGCGGCCUCGGAAUGGCAGGAUGCUAAUGAACCAAACAGGAGUCUAUCGCUGAACAGCCCCGACAGCUUCCAUGGCAAAGGAUCCAGUGAAAACUUUACAGAUCAGCAGGACAGCAUCAAGCAAAACUGUAACCCUACACCUGUAUUCCCUUUUGACAGUGGGGCAGAGGCAAUCACUUCUCAAGUAUGUGAUGCUAGGGGCAAACCUCUUUAUUUUGGCCAAAAACAGCCUUUGCCCAGGGCAAUGCCCAGACCUAGCCAUACACUGUUGCAGGUUCCACCUGUGGGUUUGUCCCCUUGUGAUUCCCCACUACCCUCUCCAAUGCAAAAUGCUCCUUCCAGCAGCACCUGCUCCUCCCUCUCUCCAGCCUCUACCAGCCCUGUUAUCAGCUCUGAGGAUAACCAUCUUACCACAACUGGGCCACUCCCUCAGUUUUAUCACCAACAUCAAGGGAAGAUGCUGACGCCAUCAGAUCAUCUGAACUCAGACCUUCAGCAUUUCCAUAGUAACAUCUCUAGAACAGCAGUCAACCCUUCAGAGAGAGCCAAGGAAGACACACUGAGCAAUCUGCAUAAUAUGAAAUAUAAAGCCAACAUUGAUAGUGGCAAAAACUGUAUGCACAGCAUUGCAGGGGAACAGCAGCCCCCUCCUUCAUAUUCAGCUCAUCAGCUUCUUGCCACCUCUUUAGUCACUAACCUUGACCAACUGGAUGUUCUUCUUACAUGUAAACAAUGUGACCAGAAUUUCAGCAACCUGUCUUCUUUCCUUGAUCAUAAGCAAUACUGUCAUACAUUGAUCCAGAAAAAUGAAUUUAAAAAUGAGCCAAAUGAUCCUAGAAAAUUCCAGAAUGAUUCUGCAAAGAGCACUAUGUCUGGUACAACUUCCUCUCUGUCAAGGUAUCCAUCUGAUAUGCAUUUGUCCCUGUUGGGGUUGAAUAAGAAUGGAGAACUAAUGUCUGACAAUGAGAUCAAAGGAGAAUCAAAGGAUGAUCCUUCUAAAUUAAACUUGUUUGCUGUAACUAACAGUCUUCCCGUUUCCCUUCCUGAUUUGGAGAUGGAUGAUGCUAAACUAGACAGCCUUAUCACAGAAGCAUUAAAUGGAUUGGGUUACCAGUCAGAUAAUGCAGAAAUUGACAGUAGCUUCAUCGAUGCUUUUGCAGACGAUGAACCUAUGACGGCUAAAGUUACAGGAAGCAUGCAAAUGGUAAAAAGCAAAGACUGUGUGAUGUUUGACAGCAAAAGCAAACAUGUAGACUCUACAGAAGAGAAAUCUCAGACACAAGGGAGAUAUCUAUAUGACUCUGACAGGGAAUCAUUAAAUAAAACCAAAAAAAGAGCAAGCAUGCUUGAAAAGACACUGCAGGACAUUGAACAAGAGGAAAAUACUAACAUCAAAGAAGCGAUUCCACAUUACAAAGCUAGAGGUUCUUCAUCUGAGAUGUCAAUUGAAAAAUUUAAAAUAAGGAAAGAGGAAGACAAUUCUGGAGACAAAGGUAGAGAAGAAGACAAGAAAAACUCUCGACUAUUGGUAUCUAGUAGGUUCACAGAAAGAACCAAAGUAAAAAGUUUCCAGGAAAGUUACUCUUCCAUAACAUCAGCCAUUCCUCAAUCCUCUUGUAGUACUCGGCAUUCUGUAUCACAGAAAACUGGAGUAAAGUACAGUAAGAAGAGGAAGGCAGGAGGUGGGACCUGGAGCAAAGAACUAAUUCACAAAAUAGUACAACAGAAGAACAAGCUUCAUGCUAAAGGAACUAAAAACCAGCAAUUUUCCUUGGUGAUGGAGAAGAUCUCUCCAGUAGCACAGAAUCCAAAGUUUGAGGAGUACGACUAUGUGUCAGAUUCAGAUGAAGACUAUGGACCCCUGAAAAUAGUACAUCAAGGGCGCCUAGGACACAGUCGACACUACAAGUACACCUAUUCUAAGGAAUACAAAAGCAGCGAGCAGAGAAACAAAGCAAAUUCAAUUCCAUGGAACUGUGAAUCCAAAGAGAGUCUGGAAGUUAAGGUUGCAGAGAAUAUUUCUCCAACAACGACAAAACAGAUUGCCACGUGCAGGGUUCGGAGGAGGAGGAGCAGCAGGUCAUCCACAAGCAGCGAACACAGCACACCAACCAGCAUAUCUUGUGAGAGUGUCUACAGCCCCAAGAACACAGAUCGCACAGACUCGGACAGUGAGAAGGGGCUGGCGAUGAAAAAAAUUAGCUCUAGCAAUGUCGUACUCAUGGAUUAUUUUGUACAUGAUGUGUAUGAGACAUCAACAGUGGAAACCUGCAAAGAGCCCAGCAAAUCAUCCCAGCUAUUCUCUAGGAACACUAAGAGGUAUGGGUCUACUAAGUUUCUCCUCUCUGCUAACAUAAACUCAUGCAGGAUAGGUAUGGAAAGCACCUCAGAACUGAGCGACACCAGCACUGUCAGCAAAAGUCUAACGAGAUACAACAGUACAGGAGUGUCUUCACAGGAGAAAGAGCAACAAUGCAACGUUAAUGCAUUAAGCAUUGCACGAAGUGCUGAACAAUGCUCAAGUAGUAGACUAGAUGACACAAAGUUUAAUGAGCCAUUUAAACUCACCAUAAAUGAUUCUCCUGGAGCCCACCCUGAAUUACUGCCAAUAGAAGGAACACCAGACACUAACAGUACAAAUUCUGUAGCUAUUAGCGGGAGAUCCAAAAAUGGCAUCUUGGAGAGGGAGGAGUUAGAGUAUAAAGAAAGUGUUGGAACAAUUUCCAAUUCCUAUAAAGAUCUGCUGUCAAGUGCUGAGACUCCACCUAUUCCUGUCAAUAAUCACAUGAGUAGCUUUGAUCAUCAUGUGGACCAUAAAAGCACAAUGAUCUGCAUUUCACCUGUGGAUGAGGUACAUCAGUGUCCUUCAGACUUGCAGGAUCCUGUAGUGCCAAAGGAAAUGGCCAUGCCUGACCUCAUAGAAGCAGAUCAGGGCUUGAUCAAAUCACCGCUCCCAUUUGACACAUCAUCGUUGUUUGCAGACCUUACAGUGACAGGGUUUGACAGUAGCCUCUACACAGAUAUUCCCAUGAGUAAUGACAGCUUUAAUGCCUUUGGUCCCAGAAAUGACAAGAAGGAGUUGUUUGAAUCAACCUUCUCUCCAAAAGACUGGGGCGUGAUGACUGAUGCCACACCUGCACUACGAGCUGAAAAUCCUCAAUUCAAGGACCUUUCUGAAAAGGCAACUUUUAAAAAAAAUGACUCUUGUCACCUUGACCUGAAUUUGCCAGACAAAAUAUUAGAUUAUAGCAGCAAUCCCAACAGCAAUAUCUCAGAAGAUGAGCUAGAGAUUAAAAAAAUUGUAACAGAACUAGAAAACAAGCUCCAAAGUGCCAAAGAGAACGGUUCCCUUUUGAAUGCCAGUCAAGUCUCCAGGCAGCCGGGCCUAAGCCAGACCUCUGCUUUGCAUCUGGAUAAUGAAGCUGACAAUGAGCAAAGUGCCACACAAGUCACAAAAACUGCAGCUAGUACUAAAAUGGAGACAGCCAACACCCUAACGGAUUCAAAUUUGAUUGAUAAAUACGUUGAAACAGAUUCGUCUUGGUCAAGUUCAUUUACCUUUGGUUUAUUGGCGGAACACCAAUCUAUUCACACUUCAGUCCAUGAUCACAGUACUAUUGAACCUUCCUGUGUAAAGAAACAUGCUAAAAGUGGUUCAGCAGCUGAUAGUGGAAACCUACAGUCAAAAUUAAAGCAUAUAACAGAGGACAGUGAUGCGAUCAAUAAAUCUUUCACAGACAAAUCCGAGGCGGACAAUGAAAUGUACGAUGACAAUCUCAUGAAGUGCCUGGAAGUGAUUUCUGAUACUGUCCUUAAAAAACCUGGCUUAACUGCUGGGCUGGAGGAGACAAAACUCUCCCAAUUUCUAAACCCAGAACAGCCAUGUGAUAAUGACACAGCUGCUGAAGACCACAGUGAAGCACAGCCAACCCAGACACAGACAUUUGAGAUUCAGAGAUCUCAAAAGUCUGAGCUUGCACUUUUUCCAAAUGACAACACUAGUGACUGCCCACUGGUAGAUGAGAGUGUGAUAUUGCCAAAACCAAGAGAAACUAAGGCUGGAAGCAAAACAUUUGAAUUAGGGUCCAAUGAGAGCAAGGACAUGGCAGUCGAACAAAAUCUUACUGGUUCUGAUGACAGCCAAAUAAAAAUAAAUUCAUUUAAUGUAUCUGAAUCACAAGAAAAUGUUAUAGAAGAAAAGACAAGAAAUGACAGGAUUACUAAACCUGUAGUUGUAGAGGGCCUUCAGUUACAGGAAGACAGUACAGGUGCCCUCAGAGAGAGAGAUUCUACAUCUCAACAACAACAGUUUCUUCAGUCCAGCACUAUGGAGAAUAACGAGGAGAAGCCGAUCUUGCACACCAGUCCCAUGAUGCUGCUUGUUAGAUUGCCCGACGCUGAUCAGUGUGAGGAGGAGAAAUACCCAGAAAUCCCUCACUAUAAAAAGAGUAAAGCAGAAACCACAGAUAACCUCGAUUGCAGUCUGGUUUCCUCAGGAUUUGACACGCUAUCAGGUGGAUCUACAGAGAGUGUUCUUGUUGCAUGUCACCUGCUGGAGACUGGCUCAACAGACAAACUUAAGCAAGCAGCAGCCCAUGGGGAGCCAUGCAAAUUUCCCCCAUCUAUCCCGGAGUUCCCAGUGAAAGGGAUCACUGAUUGCCAACCACCUGUGUCAGAUAUAGAACUUACAGAUCAUGAACAGCCUAUAUCUACAAUCGCAGAGCACAACCUGGUGAAGAAUCCACUUGGUGUUUCUGAUUUUGAAAAUACCUGCAAACCUGAGGUUGUUCCUGAGUAUGGAGACAUUCCCAAGCAAGUUCUUGCUGAUUUAAUUACUUCUCCUCUGCAUGCUGCAUGCACCAACAUUACAUUGGAGAAUGAUGAAAGCUGCAUUUCACAUGGAAAUAGCACUACAUCUAGAUUUUCUGCACGAAACCCUGUACUUCAUUCUGUUGGGGAAACUGGUGAUAAGUGCAACUCUCAGAGGCUGUGGAAUCAUUUUGAAGCACUGUCACCAAUUAGCAAAGACUUUGAUGUAAGUGCCAGUGAAAUGGAGAUGUGCAGCUCAGCACAGCCCCCGAUUUCUGGGAUGUCAGAUUUAUUAGCCGGGCUGCCUCACGUGGACUUGGGGAUGGGCGAGAACAAAACCUCUGAGUUUGGAGCCUGCAUUCCAUCAGACCUCCCACUAAUCUCCACGUAUGAACAGUCUGAUUGCCUGAUAGUUCGUAAGGAGACACUAGAGACAGACAUGCCAAACGAGCAACCACAGUAUCAGUUAAAACAAACUUCAUUAGAUUUCAAAGAAAUGUCAGAGUUGUCACAGCACCUUGAACAAUGCAGCACUGUCUCUUCUUGUGCCUUAACUGAAAACAUGGAAAGCCAGACGGUCCGCAAGAAAAGUAAUAAAGACAGCUCUGAUCACUGGGAACUUAGUCUUAACCUGCCCCUGACUUACAGCAGUUCUUUAAAUCCAGUAAGCCCACUGCAAGGGGACAAAGACUCAGUGGAUUUUCCUGCAGUUACGCGUACUGUAGGGGGACUUUGCUCUCUUGAUACAUCUAUGCAAAAUAAGUGUAAAUCAAAGUGUAUGUGCACAACAGCAUCUUGCCAACAGUGCAAGAAAAGCUGUUCCCCUUCCAUUAAUAAUGAAAUGUUGGAGCUUACAUCUACAGAUGUGGACCUUUGUCAGCCUUGUCUUGAAACCAUUGCUUACAUGGACUUGCACAGUAGUCUGCUAAAAAAAGCAGAGGUGGAGAACGUCAACCUGGAUUCACCCCUUUCUGAGUCUGGAGUUUCUGCAACAGGGCAGAUGGCAUCUGAUGAUCAAGGAACUCUUGAACCCAUUUUAGUGUGUGUCGAAGAAACUGCUGGGCGCUCAAAACAAAGUACAUCUCCCAUGGCAAAAGGAAGCCAGUGUGAGAUGAACCAAAAUGAGACAAAGGCACAUUCUCAAGAUUCUGGCAACAAAUUCACAUAUUCAAAAAAGAACAGCAAACAAGGAACAAUACUGUGUGAGAUUUGCUCUGCAUGUUUCAGAACAAUACCAGGCCUGAAACGACAUAAAGCCACGAAACACGCCACCAAAUCCAAUGGGAAUACAGUCUUGGAAAAGAUGACCUUAAAUCCUUCUAAAGGUGUGAUUAGCACAAAGCAAUUAGAAACAGGCCACACAGGUGAACUUUCAUGCCUUGAUUAUCAGGACUCUUUAAAUGUGAAACCACUGGAAAACUGUAACAUGCUGCCAUCUGUGGGAAUUCUAUCAACAAACAGAGUCAGUGUGGAAGAGAAUAAUUCAAACUUUGGAGGAACUGAAAGUGAAGAAGUUCACCUACCGACAGCAGAGAGCAAAGAAACACAGUCAGCUCCUCAUGCAAUGGGUAAACUUUCAAAAGGUUCUGAAAUACUGAAAAACAGAAGGACUGAUAACAACAGCAGUUUUACAAGUAAAGAUAAAGUAAAUCCAGACCAGUUUAAUGAUGAGCUCCUCAAUAUACUCAAAACUGAUAUUUUACAGGCUAUUACCUCUAACUUUCCCACUGCACCUCAGGGGUUACGUCGAAAACAGCCUGAAGACCAAGAGAACCUUAACCAAGCAGAUGACAUUGAAAUGUCGAUACCUGGAAGUCUUACAUUUAAAUUGACCAGUGAUGCUAAAGAAAUUGAUGCAGCUUGUUCAGGGAACUCUAAUCUGUACAAGGAGUGUGUUGCGCUCACUCAGAAUGAAACAGUGAGUGAAUGGGAAAGGAGCGCAGGACCGAAAGAGAUGAACAACACAGAAAGUAACAAAAUUAGUAUAACGAGUGAGAAGCCUAAGAAUAUCUUUUCUAACAUUAAGGAUGUAUGUGAGCAAAAGCUGAUUUGUUCUGAGAAAGGCACUGGCACAGAGACAAUAGGAGAAGGUCCGGUGGAGAUCAAAUGUGAGAAAAGCACUUGCCUAACAGAUGAGGCAGACAACCACUCCCUUUGUUUUAAAAAUCCAUCAACAAAUACUCCACAGCCAAGCUUUGGCCUUGAGGCCUUACUAGAUGAUGAAAGAACCUUCUCUCAGUUGUUCCCCAGAGAUGAAGCAAUAAUUAGAAAGAAAUGUACAAGGGUUUAUGGCAAGAAAAACAAAAAGCAGAAGAUCAACCCUAAUCUUCCCUUGGUGGAAGCUCAUCCUGACUCCAACAUGGCCUUAGGUAAUGAAAAGCAACUUUCAGAGAGCGACAGCAAUCAGGCUUUACUUCAGUUGGGAGACAGCUGCAAGUAUGAGACUAUAUCGAUGGAUCAUGCCAUAAUGCUAGACAUGUGUCACAAAAGCACUUUAAAAAAUGAUUUUGAGAAAACUGUCUACAGCGCAGAAAACUUGGAAGACCAUAAUAGUCGUGACGUUGAAAACAGUGAGGGUUUAGGCGUUGCAGACUUCCCAAGUCUGGAUAACAUAAAAAACUGCAAAGUAGGGCAGGAUUGGACUGAGUCCAAAACCGACAUUGUUUCAGGAAGUUUAUCAUCUGACACUCAAAUGGCAUUUAAGUCUGAGGAUUCAGUCACUAACUGCCCCUCACAAUUCACAGAUUCAUCAGGCACACUUUCUAAUGACAUACAGGACAGUUCAUCCCUCUUCCCUAGCAUAGAUCUCCAGAACCUUAACAGUACAUUUCAGCUUCCUGAAUUGCCAUUGUGUGACUCUAGUAAUAACUUGCCAUUGGUGAUGCCCAUUAGUAAUGACAUUAUUGAUGACAGUCACAGCAUGAAGUCUACCAAGAAGCCCACCGAACGCAGGGGGAGGAAACGCAAUGAGGGGGCAUUGAAGCUCCGGGACAAACAGUACAAAUGCAAGGUGUGCUUCACUUGGUUCCUCACCCUGGGGGAGCUCAAUUUCCACAAGCUCUCACACAACCCCUCACCACCCCCCACCUGUUAUAUGUGUGUCCAGCGCAAGUUUAGCUCUCGUGAGCAGCUGAGGGACCACCUGAGAGAGAAGCAUGCUAAAAACAAGGCAGGCAUCUGGACCUGUGGCAUGUGUCUAAAAGAGAUUUCAGAUGUGUGGAUGUAUAACGAACAUCUCAGAGAGCAUGCCACACAGUUUGCCCGGAAGGGCCAAACGCAGAAUUCCAUUCUAGGGCUGCCAGGCUGCUUCAUGCAGGAGGCAGCUGUGAAAAGCUUCAUCACGUCAAUUAUGCAGCACAGACCCAACAGGGCCAGCAAAGGGGAAAAGGGCAAAGGAUCUUCCAAAGAUGGUGGGAAGACAAUCAAUCUAGAGCAGAAACCAAAUACAAAAGAAGGAGAUGAAACAGCAGGGCCCACAAACAGUAGUGGAAAACAGAGUACAUCCUCACCACUAAAAGCUCAGCAAAAAGCGGAGGCCUCUCAGAAGAAUGUGGAGAUGCAUCCCAAUUGUAAAGAUCCCUCUAGAGAUUGCCACCACUGUGGCAAGCAGUUUCCCAAGCCCUUUAAGCUGCAGCGGCACUUGGUGGUUCACAGUUUACAGAAGAUUUUUCUGUGUCACAAAUGUCCCAUUUUCUAUCAAGAGGCAAAAGAAUUAAAGGAUCAUCUCAGGAAUGAACACGAGGAAGUGGAAGAACCGGACUCCAAGCACACCACGUUGUACACCUGUGAGCUUUGUGCGGACGUCAUGCAUGUCAUUAAGAAGUCCUUCAUCUGUAGCACUUGUAACUACACCUUCUCUAAGAAAGAGCAAUUCGACCGGCAUAUGGAAAAGCACCUGACUGAGGGAAAUCACAUCUUCAGAUUUAGAGGGGGGGUGAGGCCCAGUAAGCCUCUUUCUUCUUAUGCAAAAAAUGGAGAGUUUGAUCUCCCACCCAGCAAGAAGAGAAAAAUGAAAGACACCUUGCUGGAGACCAGUUCUGACAGCAAUCUGGAAAGUAUUUCCUCUUUGCAGUUCAUGCAAGGUGGAGAGACACAGGUACUGAAACCCAGCCUCAUUCCACCAUCACACUUAGCUACUGGUGACUCAUCUUCUGGGCACAAGGACACCAGUAUAAAAAAGGAAGACACUGUAGAAGACUUCUCAGAAAUGAUGUCUACCUUUGACAGAUCACAACAUUUUAUGGUUCCAAAAUCUGGAUGUUUCUCUCCAUCAGUACCAAAAUCACAGACAACCGGGACUUCUUCCACGUUGGAGACCUGCGACACUGGUGAGGAAUCACCUACAAAAGACAUUAAUUUAAAGGAUGCGACUUGCAGCCAAAGUGAGAAACAGGUAACCAUGUUAGCCGUGAAAGACUGCAGUGCUACUAAGGGUGAGUCAGUGACUAACAGUACAGAAAAGAAGCCGACGGCUGGUGACAAUCCUUCAGUUAGUAAGAUCAAUUUAUUUGAGGUCAAUGUGACACAUUCAGUUGAGGAUGUUACUUCCACUAAGAGAAUGGAGUCAGUUAAUACUAUCAUUGUAUUUAAUGCUACAAAUUCACCCGAUGACUCAGUCACUGCAGUAGAGAAGGUGUCUUCAGCUCAAUGCACUAAAGAAGUGUUGAUUGAUGAGUGUGCCAGCCCGACAUCAGAAGUUAAAAAUCUGGUUAAAGAUGGUCCACCAACAGACACUAAGCAGAGAUCCGUGGCAGAGAGAAUGGUGGUGGAGAAUCUGCGGCAACCUUCUGAUAACAAGCAAAAAAAUGAAAAUAACCCAACAGCAGCAACAGGCAGUAGCAUUGGACAAGAAGGUGACAUCCCAGUGAAAGAGAACAGUCUACCCAAGCAGGCUGAAAUCACAAAGCAAAGCCCUGACUCUAGUCCAAAGAGAACUACGGAGUCUUUGACAAGUAAUAUCAAGCAAAAAAAACGGAAGGAUCCAAAGACCUUCCUGAGCUGCAAAGGAUCCACCCCGGUCACACGAGAGAACUUGGAUAUGGAUUUUAGAAACAUAAAAAAGGUUCGACUCCAGAGUCCCAGCAAAGGUGAAGGUAUGACUGGCUACAAGAAAGCUGACGCUGCUGCUGAUUAUCCCAUGCUAUCCUCUGUGAAGGAUGAUGUCACUAAUAACAAAAUACUGCUCAAACAUAAAACUGGGCUGCUGAACUCCCAAACCAAGAAGACCCCCUUCAGCAGCUAUCCUCUAAAGAAAGCAGAAAAUACACGACAAGUAAAUGGGGAUCAUAAGGGUAAAAAAAGUGCUCCUGUAAGACCGUUGCCGCCGUCUAGGACAUCCGUGUCCUCUGUGAAUAGUUCCCUGAGCAAGUGCAAGUCCCAGUGUGGCAUGAGGUCCAUGGAGUCACAGUCCUACAGGACAGCGGAGUCACAGAGCCACCUCCUGAGCCAACUGUUUGGCCAAAAACUCACCAGCUUUAAAAUUCCUUUAAGGAAAGACACUUCUGAAUCGCUGAAUUAGGCUGAUUUGUGUGCAUGCUUUGAGAAAUAAUGAAAAACAAGCUCAUGGUGUUGAAACAUGCAGAGUCAUUCCUUUGUAAAAGUUGCAUGGCGCAGUAAGUGUUCUGGUGUCAGUCCUUGCAUAAAAAAGCCUGAUCUAUGAGGAACAUCAGCAGGCCAGAAGUGUCAGUUUGAUCAAACCCAGUGGCACAAGGGCAGAGCAUAUCUGUGAAAUAACUUAAUGCAUUCCACAGCUUAACACGUCACUAUCUCACUGGGUCCCCUUUGUAUAUAUAUAAAAAAUGAGAUAUUGAAAUCACAAGAAUACUUGAAAAUAUUUUUUCUUUAAAAAAAUGCAUGACAGUUUUGCAUUUAAUAAAAAGAUUCUUGGAUGUGAUGAAGUUACAAAUUUUCAGCACAAGACCAAAAGAUGUCCACAUAAACAUCUAGGCUAUAUCAGUGCACCUUCCUGAUAACACUUUAUAUAUCCUUUAUUUUACUGUAUUUAGGUGACAUUCAAUCAUUGUACUAGCUUUUAUAUAAACAAUACCUGGUGCUAUAUUUUUAUUCUUUAAUAAAAUGUGAAUAUAAAUGCUUUUUUAAAAAGGUAUGGAUUAAUAUGUAACAAUUACCUUUAUCCAGCUGAUUCUGCUGGUACUAUCGACAUCAGAAGACAAUGAGGAAAAUGUGUAUGUAUUCUUUAACAAAGUUUUUUUAAAAAAGGGAAAUGAUUAAAGUCUUCAGUAUUGAAACUCAGGUGCAAACAAUAAUUGAUAUGUUAACUCAAACUGCCCAUUUUAGGAUCCCUUCCUAUGCACUGAUGCUGCCACAAGCAACCAAACAACAAACAAACAAAAUCGUAAAACAACAAAGCGUCUGUCCUUCCGUUUUGUUUGCUAGAUUAAAAGGUGCUUUAUUAUUGUGUUCAUAUGUAUCUUAUAUUGUGUAUGAUAUUGUAAGUAGUUUACUUCCAGUGCAAUGCAUAAUGUCAAAGUUUUAUUUUGAUAAUGUACAACAGGAAAAAGGGAAUGGAAACUUGACUUGCAAUUCAUUGGUUAAGAUUUAAGUGCUACAAAGUGCCUUUAUAAAAUUAUUAAAAUAUUAAAAUUGCAUCUCUUUAA